CGACUGGUGGCUGCCACACUCGCGGCUGGAAGCACGUGAGGCAGUUGUUGCAAGAAUCAUUCGCCGUUGUUGCACCCGAGUCAGGUUCACUGGAAUCGUUCCAAGUCACUGCAUUCGGCUGGCAAUCGAGCUAGAAUCCAGUCAUGCUGAGGUAUACUUCCGCCAUCAAGAUUUCGCUUUGUCUGCUGGGAGUAUUUAUCGAACAGUCCUGCGGUCACUUCGGGAGCUGCGAGGACCACACCCCGCGAUGCGCUGAGUGGGCUCGUCAGGGGCUUUGCCAGCAGAACGAACUGUUCAUGACGCACAACUGCCCCGUCAGCUGUGACCUCUGCAUCGAUCCGCAAUGUCGUGACCAGGAUCGCAGGUGUUCGGCUUUUGCUCAACAGGGCAAGUGCUCAGUCAUCCCAAAUAUGUUGAAGAUCUGUCCGCAUUCCUGCAACAACUGCAAUAUCCCAGUUUUUAAAACCAUUAUCAAUCCGGACUUCCAGUGCGGCGGCCCAGGGAAUGCACGGAGAAAUAAACGCCAAGUUAUCUUCCCCGAUGAGCUAAGCGGCGUGAAGCCAACGAAAAUAAAAGCGGUGUCAAAAGAAAAGCCAAUGAUGAUGAAAUUGGUUGGCAACAUGAACGGCAACAUCAACGUGAACGACACCUUCUGCGGGGCGACGCCCAUUUCCGAUCGCUUCCUCCUGACGGCGGCCCACUGCGUCUUCAGCUCCACCCACACGCCGCUGACCGUGCGCCUGGGAGAGCUGGACUUCGGAAGCGAAAACGAAAAAAACUCGCAGCCUGUUGAUUACGAUAUUGAAGAGAUCAUUGUGCAUCCUGAGUAUGAACAAGACUCCUUCACCAGAUAUAACGACAUCGCACUUAUAAAGACCAUCCAAACCAUUCGAUUUACGGACCUGAUCUUCCCGUUCUGCAUCACCGCCGACCGACCGCAGCACGGAAACGAAGUCAUUGGCGCUGGCUUCGGCAAAGUCAACUCCACGACAAGAGUAACGCAUCUGCAGGAGGUGGUACUGAACAUCGUAGGACCCGCCGAAUGUGAGAAAAUCUACGAGAGAGAAAGCAACCUGCAGCUGCUGAGGCUGUCCUACCCGAACCUGCUUCAAGGCAGAGGCAUUUUGUGCGCCGCUUUCCCAGGCAGGGAUGCUUGCGAGGGUGACUCAGGAGGACCUCUGUUCACGGAGGACAGCCAAGGGCGCCGGUUCCUCGUGGGCAUCGUCAGCGCCGGCAUCCCGUGCGGCGACGAUGGCGUGUCGCUUCUUCCGGGGACUUACGUGAGCGUCGCGGAUCAAAUCGACUUUAUUGACAGCGUCUUGUAUCCCUAAUCUACUGAAAUUAGAAAGGCUUGUGAUAAGAUCUAAAAAAACAAAUAGGUUGGAAUACAAACACACAUACACACGCACGCACGCACACAUGCACACAUACACACACACACACACACACACACACACACACACA